AUUGAAAUGAAACUGAAUGCCGUAGAAAACCCUGUGAUCGUGAUUUGAUAUGCCGAGGCAUGAGUACAACAUUUGUUUUUGUAAGAUAAAAACUCGCUAUAGAAAACAUGAAUUCACUUUCCCUCUUUUUUAACGCCCUGUAAGCUGCAUUAGUCGUGAGUAUCUCUUAUUCACUAAUAAGUAGUAGAGUAGCCUAUAGAGAUAAUCAUUACGUUAAUUGUAAAGUACAGUAUAUAAAAGGGACACUGAGAUUUGAAAGCAGUAUCAGUUGCUCAAUUGUCUCCAUCCUCCCAACAACUCCUCAAAAAUUCAACAUGAAGAUCGCAGUUUUCGCACUUUUCUUGGCCGUCGCUUCAGCUCAAUACUAUUCGGAGCCGUCUUACUACAAAACUUCUGAAUCUUACUCCCCCAUGCCCUACAACUUCGCAUGGGACGUAAAGGACGAUGCUUCGUACAACAACUAUGCGCAUUCUGAGAGCAGCGACGGAAAUGUAGUCACCGGAUCGUACCGAGUGGCCCUGCCGGACGGCCGCACCCAAAUCGUCUACUACAGGGCAGACAGCAAUGGAUACGUGGCGGAUGUCAAGUACGAAGGCGAGGCUAGAUACCCCGAAAACAAGCCAUCCUACUCUUCCUAUUCGGCCCCGGCCUACAAAGCCCCGUCUGCACCAGUCUACAGGACCCCAGCCGCUCCUGCCUACGUCGCUCCUCGUGCUCCUACUUAUGGAUCUGUUGCAGCGCCUUCCUAUGGAUCGGUUUCUGCACCAGCCUACAGAGCACCUGCCGCCCCUGCUUACGUUGCUCCUCGUGCUCCAGCACCUUCCACCUACCAGUCACCCACUCCUGUCUACAGAGGUUCUUCUGCCGCGCAAGGAUAUACGACUCAGCCCGUACCUCUCGCCUACCGAGGCUAAGAAAAUCUGAUAUAGUCAAGCUGCACUGGUAUCUACUUAAAAACUGCAUGUACUCGUGACCUCUACAUGUUGAGGUAGAAGUCUAUGGAGUAUGGAGUAUCAGUUUUAUGACCAAUGUAUAUCAUCGCUAAAUAUGUAAAUGAUAAUAUUUAAAGAGCAGAGAUUUGCAUUACCGAUGCUCGUGUCUACUCUAUAGCCACCAUUUAAUUCAUAGUAUGUAAUAUUAUAGAUCAAUUUUCAUCAAUACAAAUAAAUAUUAUUUCAAAGCAA